UGCUUCUGUCUGCGUUAUAUUAAAACCAUGGCGUAAACAUUUUUAAUUCUAAACAUUACAUUAGUAAAAACAAUUCAAUUAUUACCAUAAUCAUUUUGUAUUUAAUGUCUGAACAUAAAGCAACUUAUUUAGUUGUAGGUGGAGGAAUAGCCGGUGUAACAUGUGUGGAAAGUCUUGCAAUAUUACACCCCGAAGAAACCCUUAUCAUCUUGACCGCUUCUUCGUUAAUCAAAAACGUCAGCAACGUAAGUUUUUAUGCAAAAACUAUUGUUAAAUUCGAUGUCCACGAUACCGAAGCUACUUCUCUUCAGAAAAUUCAUCCUAAUUUGAGUAUAGUGUAUGACUCACUGAAACACCUAGACACCACAAAUAAAGUUGCUUUAACUGAAAGGGGAAUAAGGAUAAAGUAUAAUGUUGUAUGUAUAUGUACAGGAGGUAUACCAAGAUUGAUAUCUGAUUCCAGUAAAUGCAAAAGAAUACUUGGUAUUAGGGAUACAGAAUCAGUACAAGAGUUCCAAGAAAAAUUGAAGAAUGGUCGGAAAAUGGUUAUAGUUGGUAAUGGUGGCAUUGCAUCUGAAAUAGUGCAUGCUACCAGAGGGAUUCAGAAGGUCUGGGUUAUAAGGGAUGAUUACAUUUCAGCUACAUUUGUAGACCCAGGUGCAGCAGAAUUCUUUCAAGAUACCUUCAAAAGUAAUAUAGAAAAAAAUACUGGUACUGUAUUAAGAAGACAUAUUUUUUCUGAGGAAGAUACUUUAGUGUCAUUGAAUAAAAAUCUGAAAUCAGCAGCACUUGGACCUGAUUGGUAUAGAAAAUUAGAGAAUACAAGAAAUGAAACUGGGGAGCAAGAGUUAGGAAUCAUUUACAAAGUGGAAGUUGAAUCUGUAGUUGAAAGAGAAGAUACAGAGUAUCCUCUGGAUGUAAAAUUAAGUAAUGGAAAGACUGUUCAAUGUGAUUUUGUAAUUUCUGCCACAGGGGUGGAACCUGCUCUUAACUUUACCUGGGAUAUUAAACCACUAUCAGGAACAGAUGGAGGCUUAGCUGUCAAUGAAUUACAAGAAACAUCUAUUAAAGAUGUAUAUGCUGCUGGGGAUGUUGCUUGUGCAUCAUGGGAACAUGCUCCUCACUGGUUUCAACUAAGACUAUGGACCCAAGCUCGGCAAAUGGGUGCUAUGGCUGCUAAGGCCAUGCAUUCCAAAAUAAUAAAAGAAGAAGUAUUACAAGACUUUUGCUUUGAAUUAUUCACCCACUGCACUAAUCUUUUUGGAUACAGAGUAGUGUUACUGGGAAAAUACAAUGGACAAGGCCUUGGUCAAAAUUAUGAAAUUCUUUUAAGAAUGACCCGGGGUCAUGAAUAUAUUAAAUUUGUACUUAAGGAUGGCAGACUGCAAGGUGCUAUAUUGAUUGGAGAAACUGAUCUUGAAGAAAUGUGUGAAAAUCUUAUUUUAGACCAAAUUGAUUUGACUCCUUUUGGAGAUGAUAUACUGAAUCCGGAUAUUGAUAUUGAUGAUUAUUUUGAUUAACUUAAUUUAAAAAUAUUAUAAUAUGAGCUUAAAAUGUUCUUUACUUAUUAAAUAUGUAGUUGUUAUGAUUUAUGUUGCGUUAUGUGGGUUUAAAUUUUUUUUAUAACAAAUAUAAUGUUUAAU